AUGGGGGCGGCGGCCGCCACCGGCAUGGCGGCCCGGCAGGGCUCGGGCCUCACCCCGGCCCCAAGGCACGGCGAGGGCAGGGGGGCCGCCCGACAGCGGCCGCGGGAAACGCCGAGCUCCCGCCGGAAGGGGAACGCGACGGGACCGGGAAGCAGGGACCGAAAACCAACCCGCACCGCCCGCUGCCGUGACGGGUGGAAGGCGGAAGUGGCGGCAGGCCACCGCGCAGGCGCGUCCACACGCCGCGUGGGAGAGAGCGCGCCUGCGCCGCCCCGGCCGCUGCUGGCGGCCGGGGGAGCGGUGGGGCUGUGUCACGCGUGGCCCCUCAACAGUGGGGCUCCCGGCUCGGCGGGGGCGGACUGCCGGGGUGACCCUCGCUCGUUGCGGGGCGAGUCCGCCUGCUGGGUCAGCACCAGGAACAGCUCCCGCUGCCGAGGGCAGGGGCGCCGAGGGGGCGGGGCGGAGGGGCGGGGGCGGGCCGGCGUUCUUCGGUUGCCCCGGUUACCGGCGUACACAGCCGGUGGCGGCGGGGUGCGCGCGGCGGCCGCUCUCCGCUGCCUCCCCCCGCACGUCGCUCACCUGUUAGACAAUUUUAUGGCUUCACAAAAGGAAAAACAGGCUCAGCCCUUUACAGACAUCUUUGAUGAAGAUGAAGCUGAAAAAUCCUUCCUGUUGUCCAAGCCCACUUGCUUAAUUAUCCUUGGAAAGCCAGGUUCUGGAAAGAAAACAUUAGCUAGAAAACUAGCACAAAUAUGGAAAUGCAUUUUCAUAGAAGCUUUGGAAGUAAUUCAAAUGAAUAUUCAUGAAGAAACAGAAUAUGGGCUUAAGUGUCAAGAAUUGCUUUUUAAAGGUCAAAGUAUUUCUGAAGAACUGGUUACAGAAAUGAUUCUGAAAAAGAUUGAGUCACCAGAAGUUGCUCAUUUUGGUUAUGUUCUCAGUGGAUUUCCUUCUCUCUCAGAGGAAUACAUGACUGUUUCACAGCAAAUAGAGAAAAUAAAGAAUCUAAAAUUAAAACCAGAUUUCCUGAUUAACAUUAAGUGUUCAGAUUAUGACUUGUGCCAAAGAAUAUCAGGACAAAGGCAACACCCUGAUUCAGGGCAGGUAUAUCAGAGGAACCAGUGGGAUCCUAAUGUUAUUGAAAAGCGUAAGAAAGAGAAAGAUAAGCAUGAAGUAGAGAAUGAAGAAGAUGAUGAAGAGCAGGAAGAUGAGACUGCAGAAGAUCCACUUAAGAUGUCAGAAUUUUUACAUCAAUUAGUGCAGAGGCCUGAAGAUGUUCUUGAAAAUGCAGAGGAAAGACUUGGAACAUAUAGGGAUAUAAUGCUUCAUCCUUUAGAAGACUUGAUGGCUGAACAGGAUUGUCAAUAUCUUAUUGAACUGGAUGGAAAUCAGCAACCAGAUGAUCUCUUUGUAUCAGUGGUAGUUCGACUUCAAUCUCUGGGUGUUCGAAAUGGAGCUCCUAUAACUAGACUUCAAAGUCAGCAAGAAGAAAUGCUGCAGGGACUGGAAAAUGAUGAACUUUUCCGGGUUCUGUCAUCCUACAAACUAAUAGCACACAGAUAUCGAUGGCGUAGAAGCAGGUGGGGACAAGCAUGUCCUGUGGCUCUAAAGAAAGGUGAUAUUGUAAUGGGAAACCCAGACUUGGCUGUCAGUUUUCUAGGUAAAAUGUACGUACUGUCAUCCCCAGAGGCAUUGAAAACAUUUAUGCUGAAUCCACGGCCUUACCUGUUACCACCAAUGCCACUUCCUCCUUGUAAAGUACUAGUAUUUGGUCCUCCAUUCUCUGGAAGAACAACUAUUUGUAACCUAAUUGCACACAAAUAUAAAGGAAAGGUUCUUGAUAUGGCCAAACUCAUUCAACCACGCAUGGAAGAAUCAAGAGAAGAAAACAUUGAGCAAGUGCAAAGGGAUACAGUACAAAAGGCUAUAACAGCAGUGAAAAAUGGGUUGGAAUUAGAAAAACAGUCAAGAGAACCAGGAGACUUGCAAGAACACAGUAGUGUCAAAGAAGCAGAUGGUUCUGAAGAAAUCACUAUUCCCAGAGAGGGAAUAAAGUUGGAAGAGGGGACUGCUAUAAAAUUUGCCAUCAUCCCAAAAAGAAUGUCAGAGAUAACUGCUGACCACCCAGAAGUUCAAGAAAUGGUAGAAGAAGCCAUAAAAAGGGCAUCAGUCUCCGAAGUUACACUGUCACCUGAAAUAUAUGCUGAAGUACUGGAGAGAGCUAUUGCAGAGCUUAUGAAGAAGAACAAAGACAGGUUUCCUGGUGCUCCAGAAAAAGGAGGAUGGGUAGUGGAUAACUACCCUCUGUCAGUGGAUCACUGGUCAGCAUUAUCAGAAAAAGGACUUUUACCUGACACUGUUGUCUGUCUGCAGGAUACAGAAAAAGAUGGAGUCUGUAUACUACGCAGAAUAUACUUAGCAAAUAGGGAUGAAAUUAAUUCUAAGAUUUUGAAAAGACUAACAGAUGAAGCAUUAAAAAAGAAAGAAGAUGAAGCAAGAAGAGAAAUCCAAGAAAUACUGACAUCAGAGGAAAAUCAAGCUCUAGAGGCUGCUGAGGAAAAAGAAUUUGAGGACGAUGAUGAGCAGCUUCCACCUGAAACUGAACAAAUGCCCCAGAAACAGUCCAGUGACUCUGCAGGCUAUAAAGAAGAAUCUAAACCUACAGAAAUCAUACUACCUGACUUUACAGAGGAUAAUUUUCCAGAUAUACCAGAAAUGGAAAUAAUUAAAAGGAAGAUUGACCUUUUCAUGCAUGACUGGGAAACAGUGGAGUCAGAAAUCAAGCAAUCAUCUCUAGUUCAGGUUGUUGUUUUAGAGAUUGCUGAGCAAACUCCAGAAAGUCUGCUUAACCAAACUGUGCUGGUUAUGGAAAAACCUUUUAAAUAUCAUGGUUGGGAGUUAUCUGCUGAAGACUUAGAUGAGGAAGCAGAAGAUCUGGCUGCUGAAGGGGAAUAUGAAGAAGAAGCAGCUGAUGAAGAAGAAAAUGAAGAAGAUGAAGAAAAAACUAAGGAAGAGAAAAGGCACAUGGGAGAUACAAAACACUUUUGUCCAGUCAGUCUGAAAGAGAACUUUGUCCUUUACCCAGGACUUUAUGAACAGGCAGCGAAAUAUCAAGAAAAAAUUUAUUAUUUCUCAACUUCUGAGUACAGAGAUAAAUUUCUGAAGAACCCUGAGGAGUACGUGGCCCACAAUGAACCAAUACAAGCUCCUCCUUUACGGGUGUGCUUACUUGGGACUCAUGGAGCAGGUAAAACUACUUGUGCACGACAGAUAGCAAACAAAUUAGGCAUUUUCCAUAUUCAGUUUGAAGAAUAUCUACAGGAAUUGAUCUUACCCAAAACUAAAGAGAAAGUUGGGCCCAAUUUUGAUGAAGAACCUGAAGAAGAUGACAAUAAAAUGCCAAUUCUAUCACAGGAACUGGACAACUUCUCUCAGACCAUGACUAAAACUGAGACUGAAAAAAGCAAACGGGAAGUGGAGUUAACUGAUGAGGAAGAAGCAAUCAAAGCAAAUCUGAUGCAUAAUGAGGCACUGCCUCCAGAAGUCCUUGAUAACAUUGUUCUUGACUGGUGGAGGAAAGAGCCAUUCCGGUCCACAGGAUUUAUACUGGAUGGUUUCCCUCGUACUUUACAUGAAGCCCAGUAUUUGUCAGAACGAGGACUCUGUCCUGAUGUUGCAAUUUAUAUUCAAGUAGAAGAAAGGGACGUUCUUGACCGUCUUUUUCCUCCACGCCUGAAAAAAUGGAAAGAAAGGCAGUAUAAAAAACUGGAAAAUAAAAAGAAACUGAAAGACCUUAAAGCAAAAAUAAGGGCUUUAGCUAAUAUGGAGCAUUAUGAAGCCACUGAGGAGGAAAAUGAGAAUGAAAAUGAGGAUGCUGAAGCCAUACUUGAAGAAGAGGUUUUAGAAGAAGAAGAGGCUGAAGAAGAACAGGAGAUAGAUGCUGUUGACCGCAUACAAAAUGAAAUUGCAGAAAAGUUUGAUUCAGAAGUAGAUGGUUUACAAGGUGUACAGGAAGAACUUGACAAAUUGUUAAUACCACAAAUUGAGAUCAACGGAGGACAGAAGCCUCACAUCGUACGCUACCAAAUAUAUAACAAGCUGAAUUCUCUAAUGGAAAAUCGUGGAAGCAUUUUUGAGAAAUGCUACCCAAUAAGUUUGCCACUUGCACAUAAGAUGCUAGUUUUCUCAUAUAAAUUUCCAAGUUCUUUUGGUCAGUGGGAUCCAAUCAAGCUAAGUGAAGGAGACAUAAUCAAGCCACAACAAAGCCAUGAAAACACAGUCUUUCCUGUAAUCCAUCGGCAAUACAUUUAUUUCUUUUCAAGAAAAGAAAAUAAAGAAAAAUUUAUGAAAAAUCCCAUCAAAUAUAUUCGUCAGCCAAAACCUAAACCAGCUGUGCCCAUUAAGAUUGUGAUUGUCGGACCUCCAAAAUCUGGAAAGACUACAGUUGCUAAGAAAUUUGCAAGUGUAUAUGGGUUACUGCGCUUGAGUGUGGGAGAUGCCAUACGGCUAGUGUUAAACAAUCAGCCAGAAACCGAGUUAGCACUUAUGUUGAAGCGGCAUCUUCACAAAGGACUGACCGUACCUGAUGAACUGGCCGUCCAGGCUCUAGAUGUGGCUCUGAUGAAUCACGUGUGUAAUACAACCGGAGUUGUAAUUGAUGGAUAUCCUGUAACAAGAAAACAAGUAAACCUCUUGGAAUCAGCUAGGAUAAUUCCAGUGAAAAUCUUUGAAUUAGAAAUGGAUGCAAAGGAAGUGUUCAGAAGAGCACUGUUGGAUAAGGAAAGCACGGAUAGACCUCCCUACCCUGAACAUGACAGCUCACAGAUUCUAGCUAUUAAAAAUUCCUGCUAUAAACAGCACAUUGAUGCAAUUAGAACUUACUAUAAGAAGGAGCAUCAGAACUGGUGUGUGAUUGAUGCCUUUCAGAGCAAGUGGUGGAUAUGGAACAAAGUACUGCAGGAAGUUCAAGUGGUUGUUAAAGAAAUCCAGAUAUACCUGGAAAGAAUAAAAGAAGGAAAAGCAGCUGGCAUUGCUGAUUUAUGUAUCACUCCCAAAGAGCUGCAGUAUCGGCUGGGGGAGUUUGGACAGUACUGUCCCGUGAGCCUUGCAGAAAAGGGUGAAUUGGUUGACUGCUCUGUAACGUCGUCAUUGCAGUUUGCUGCAGAAUUUCGAGGACACUAUUACAAAAUGGCUUCACAGGAAGAACUGGAUAAAUUCUUGAGUAGACCAGAGGUUUAUGUGCCACCACUGGCACCUCACCCUCUCCCAUCCCCAGACAGGCUACCAAAGAAACUGACUGCGGCAGAAGUGAAGGCCUUAUUCCCUACCAGUGCUGAAAUGCAGGGAUACUGUCCAGUCACUUACCUGGAUGGAAAACAGAGAUAUGAAGCUCUGGUGCCUGGCAACAUUGAGUAUGCAGCAAAAUACCAAGAUAAGGUAUAUAUUUUUGAAAGUGAAGAAAAGCUUCUGAAGUUUAUGAGAUUACCAGAAAAGUACUGGAAUCUGAAGCUUCCACGUAAACUCCCUCCAGUAAAGGAGCCAAUACCACUCACUGCACUUCCUUUGGCUGGAUACCUUGAACAGGGCGUAGCAACUUCUCUAAUAAAAGCUCUGAAUGAAGUAGGCUGCUUAAAGCCAAAGUUUCCAUUCCUAAGUGUAAAAAAAACUGCUCUGCUGUUCAUCGCCUGCCAUUUAAAAGCGCACAACCCCAGGAGCUCGGAGGCGGCGCGGCAGACGUACCGGAGGAAGCUGGCGCAGUUCAUGGAGCACUGCCAGCUCGUCCCCUACCUGGGGGCAGCCAUGGCGGGCCCCUACAGGGAGCUGCCCCGCAGGCCCCUUGGCUUCGACUGCAGGCUGCAAACUUUUCUCUCCCUGAAGGACGCCGGCCCCAGCUUUGUGUAG